AGACGGUAUCAGUCUCUGGUGUCCUGUUGAUUGGAUGUGCUUGCCAUGGUGUCAAGAUGAUCUUUUAGUUCAGAGUUUGAAGUCCUGAUCUUUUUUUCAUUUAGCCGUUUUAACGACUGGAUGUUUCUAGUUUCUAUCAGAAUUAAUUUUUUCAGAAGAUAUGUUUAUGACUAAAUGACUAAAUGUACCCAAGUGCUACUAGUAUAUAAACUAAUAACAUCAAUUGGUUUACUGCUUUGACUACCAGUUGAUUUUAUCUUUUAUCUUUAUUGACUAAAUUACUUCUACGUACUUCUAGUCAACGCAAGGGAAAGAAGUCAUUUCUGUUUGAUUGCCUAGAGUUAUGCGACUUGAACGGGAUGGAAACUUCAAUUCUAGCAGAUAUUAUCUCAGUGUGAAAUGGAUUCGACCAUCCGCCCUUUAAUUGCGGUGAAAGUGAAAUAUUCAGUCGCCCGUCAAAACCAGAUCGUUACGGUGUAGGGUCAGUGAUCGAGUCCACAGGAAAAAAUGUGCCAGUUAUAAGAUGAACAGACUACUCAACGGACAGACUUCUUGGUGGCUGUGCUUUCUUCUUACCUGGACAUCAGUGGGCGGAGCCUGUAAUAAAAUCAGAAGCGUAUACCUGUACUGCUCCCCGGGCGCGACAUGGACCUCAGCGUAUCAAGACUGUGUCCAGCAAGGGAUGACGCUGCUGAAGCCAUGGACCCAGACAGAGUACGACGAUUGGGUCAGUUAUUUGGACAACCAAAACAACGUCGGCUCCUUGUGGGUGGCUGCCCGAUGGAAUUCAACAAUAAAUGCCUACCAAUGGGAAGGAGACACGCGGACAGUUACCGGCUCCUGGUCCUAUUAUGGCGGAUGCGUCAGCUUCGUGCCAGGGAGUACUUUGACUAUCCUCUUAACCUUGAUCAAAAACCCUUACACGUUUGAUUCUAGUCCUUGCAGCGACUCCAAAGGUUAUAUUUGUCAGCCAGUUGUAGCCACGACCACUGUAUCAACUACAGUACCAAUCACUACACCAGAUACCACUACAAUUAAUACCACUACAGUAGCUACAACUACAGUCAAUAACACUACAGCUAAUAUCACUACAGUGGACAACAAUACAGUAGAUAUUACUACAGCUGAUGCCACUACAUUAGCUACCACUACAGUAGAAGUUACUACAACAGACGCCAGAGUAGACACCACUUCGGUAGAACUGAGUACAUCAACAGAAGACAACACUACAGGGGACACUAAUACAGAAGAAACCACUACAACAGAGGAAACUACAUUAGCCUUCACCACUACACAAGAGACUACUAUGGGAGACACCACUACACAAGAGACCACUAUGGGAGACACCACUACACAAGAGACCACUAUGGGAGACACCACUACCGCGUAUGUGCAGGUGACGUCUGCUCUGUCUACCAAUGUAGUCUUCACCACACUGUCAACCACACUGCCAACCACACUACGUGACUCGACUGCCAUAACCACAGAUUUUCAGAUUGGAACUGAGGUCACAUUAGAAAUGAAUUCCAGUUUUAUUGAGAAAGCAAGCCCAUCCGUGGAGGUCACCACUGCGUUAGAGGUCACCACAGCGUUAGAGGUCACGACAAGUGAUGACUUCUGCUCCUGCGGCUGCCCCUGGAUAAUCCCCAGAGGAGUGGAACUCAGGACGUAUGUAGAACAGGUCGUGGUGGAGCAGAUACAUCAAGCGUUGCAGGUUGACACAGAGACCUUAUCUUCCACCAUCAGACAGAAGGUCAGUGUGGAAGAUGGACGGCGGUCAGCGAAGGCUGUUGGCUUUGUUGGGAUAGUGGUCAUUGUGUUUGUGUUUGGCAGUGUUCUGCUUCUGGACAUGACGUCCUGCGCCAGCUUUAUGCAAACAAGGGUCAAGAAAAAGAGAAGGCCGUCAGACGGCAAAGUCACGCCUGAAUGACCUCACUGCUUCAUGUGACAAUACUGUGUCCUAGCUAGCAGCUUAUAAAAUAUGAACCGGAAAACAUUGCAGCAUUAAUAUAAAUACUUUUUUAUGCACUGUGUGACGACAAAAUAUAUUAAUUUUGUUGAUAUCAUAAUUAGACAAAUAAGAAUGGAUCCUGAUUCUUUAAUAGUUUACGAAAAGAAAUUUAACGACAAUAUGUUUUAGAGAUAUUUGUAUAUUAUAUCAUUGUAUCAUUAAAAAAAAUCUUUUGUGUUUAUUAUUCUAAGUACCCAUCAUAACUGGUUCCAAUGCAUAGAACAGUACACCAAGAAUAAGUACAUUACUAUAGUUUAUAAAGACUUAUAAAGUGGCAAUCAUUCCUACGCAUAUGAAUAAAUUGUACAAAGUGUAACGUCCGCAUUUUCUGACUCGGCCAGCGGGGAAGACAUAUGCGAUUAUUAAUUGUUAUGUUUAUUACAUGGACA